CGCGUCAAGAAGAUGUCAAACGUCGGUUCGCUGUCCGAGCGACUCGUGAACGGUGAGAGGAGCGACGACGCUGCUGCUGGUGCCGCCACCGGCGCUGUCAGUGCAGGCCGCGGCCGCGGGGGCGGAGGAGGAGAAAGCAGCUGCGUGGGCGGCUGUGGUGGUGGAAGUGUCUUUGCUUCUCGUAGUGGUGCCGCCGGUUCUUGCAUCAGUGGUGGUAGUGUUGGUAAGAAGAAUAAUAAUAACAAUAAUAAUACUGAUACCGUUGGUAACAGCGGCAUACUCGCCGUCGCGGCCGUUGUUACCGGCGGCGUCAUCAGUGGCGCCGCGAACGGUCCCCGCGACGUGACGUUGUCCGACGCCCGCGACACGACGCCAGUGAAUUUCUGCCGCGAGACUACCACGGUACCGCGCAUCCGCGGCGGCGGUUGUCGUUGUCGCAUCUUUGCUGUUGUCGACGCGUUAUCAUCCUCGGUGACAGGCGCGACGACGUGCGCGUCCAAUGGUGGCGACGACGCCGCCGACGACGUCGCUGCAACGACGACGACGACGACGGACUGCCGCGAGAUCACGCUGAGUAGCGCCGGGACGACGCCGCUACUGCUGGACGCCGGUAGCUGCACCGACGUGAGAACGGUCGGUAGGAGCAGAAGCGGCAGGAGCAACAACCGCAACACCACAAACGCCGCUGCCGUCGUCAUUGUUGACAUCGCGCCGUCGUUUCACGACGACGACGACGACGGCGACGGAGACGACGACGAAGACGAAGACGACAACGACGACGACGACGACGACGACGUCGAGGACGACGAGGAGGACGACGACGAAGACAAGGGUCGUCGUCGUCGCCGCCGCUAUCACAAUUGCGGCAACAUGGUCGCGGCGAUGAACGAGCACCUGUCCAACGCAACAACGACAACAACAUCAUCACCGCCGGCUGUGGCGAACGCCGUCCGUGCCGGCAACAAUACCGUCGCGAUGUCAUCGUCGUCGUCAUCGUCAUCAUCAUCAUCGUUAUCCUCGUCGUCGUCCUCGGUAUCGUCGGCUAUGAUGACAGCAACUACCACGAACGCCGGCGGCAACAAUAAUCCCUCCGCCACGAUGAUGACGAUGGGCAGUGUCGGGAGCGGUGCCAACGGCAACAAUAACAGUGGCAGCGGCGGCUGCACCAGCGCGCGCAAUCAGGAGUUCCAAGAGGUGGACGGCGACAGCAAGAGCACCGCUGCCGCCGGUAUCCACAGUUUUCCAUGUGACUUCGAUCAUAUGUACGCCAGCAUGACCGACGGUGCUGCGCCGGCCGCCGCCGCGGCCACCGCUCUUGGCGUUAGUCCGCUCCGCGGUAAUGAGCCCCGUCACAAUGACUUCACCGAGGUCAAACACCUGAAGGAGCUGCUGUUGCUCCACCUCGAUCUCAUCCAGCAGCAGUCCGAGCAGAUCGUCACCAAGGACAAGCUUCUCGCUGCGCUGCGUCAGGAAAACGAAACGCUGAAACUGCGUUUGGAGCGUAUGGAAAGGCGGGUGAGUCUUCAGAAGCUGAGGUCCGAGUGUAGCGAGAAUUCCACCGGUUCGGAGCAUUUGGGUAGCGCCUGCUCGCCCACCAGUGUCAAUUCGGUGAAUGUACCCUCGACUAGCGAACUGCACAGAAAUGCUCAGUGCGAGGGCAGCAACAUCCUGCACGAGAGCUUCAAGAUACGUCUGAACACCAGCGGCGGUAUCACUACUGUCAAACAAGAACCACUCGAUAAUCAAAUUAAAUUGGAGGUGAAACAAGAGACUAAUAACGAGACCAGGUUCGAAUGGGAAGAGAAAAAGAAGAGACGAUCGGAUCCGACUCCCUUGUCUACAGGUAGUAAAAAGAAAAGAGUGCUCUCCUGUUCGUCCACUAUCAGUAACGACGGAGUGCAAGAAAAGAUAUUGGGUCAGGCUUUGCACGAAGCCAGUAGAAAGAGCGACAAGAAGGCGAAAUCUCUUGUGAAGAGGGAAUCCUUUCUCACAACAGAGGAACACUAUUACACAGCUGUAGGAGAUCCGACUUAUACGUUAAAUUUAAAACAGUCUAACCCAGUAGAGGCGAGUAAUUCAUUAGAAGUCCCAAGCUGGAGAGUAAAGGUAUAUACGAGUUGUUACACGAUGGAGGGAACUGAGAAUUUGGACGAUGAGAUUUUUAAUAAGAGACAUUUGAAAUUGGAGAAUGACGAAAGGAGGAGAAAGCGAUGGGAUGUACAAAGGAUAAGGGAACAAAGGCAUAUAGAGAAGUUAAAACAACGGCAAGAACGUCAAAAUCAUCAAGCUACGUGCUACAAUACAAAUCAUACUGGUCCUUGUCCAUCGUCCAUGGAAGAGGAAACCAUAACGUCCUUGUGGCCUGAUAUAGAACAAAUUCAAAGUCUUCAAGUAGAUCUUCAUUUGCCAGUGACUGCAUUUGGCGCUCUUAUUCCUAGUUUUACUCCAAGUGAAUUCUCUUUACCCUGGUCGAAUAUAACGCGAAUAAAGUGUCGACGUCCCAAACGUUCAACAGGUAGAAGAAAAUCUACAGGUAGAAGAAAAGUUUAGGUGAUAUGUACAUUUUUAUAAAAGUGGACAGAACUGAUUUUUUUUUAUCGGUACCGUCGGUUUUAAAUUCUUGAAAAUACUACUGCUCUCUCUCUCGCGCCAUAAUUGAAAGAGCGGGUUUUUUUUGUUGCAAAAUAGGGGCACCAAAGAUAUUUUUAUUGACUUUUUAAACAUAUGCAAUAUAUAUAGUAUAGUUUACCUAUUUUUUCUACAUUUUUAUUUAAGUAAAAUUUACCGUCAACGCUUGUUUGAUACAUCUAUUCUACAUCUUGUACAUACUCGGUGUUGGUCAUUUUAUUUAUAUAACUGAAUACGUAUCACACAACACAUAACAAAGUAUCAAUCUGGCAUAUUGAGUAUUUUUCAACUCUAGACCAGAUUUCUGUUCCACUUUCAGUGAGUUGACAAUAUGGAUAUUGCAAAACUUUUUUACUACUCCAAUUAUAUAGACUAUAUUAUUUUUAUAAUUAAAUACAUUCUUUGCUAUUAAUUAUAGAAGAAUCAUUAACGGACAUAUACAUUGAUAAUAUACACUUGGCAAAAAUAUAUUAUAAAACAAUAUACAUAAAACAAUAUUACAUAACGAAAGAAUAUAAUAAAUUUUUAAAUUUUGUGUAGCUCUUUUUGAUUAGACUUUAUAAAUUCCGCAUUUCUUAAUAAUUUAACAUUGGAUGAUAAAUAUUCUUGAAAAAAUUAAACAUUGUCGCAAAAUGAUCGCAAAUUGACUAAUUCCAAGAUUUACAGUACAAAUGUAUUGUAUAGAGUGUGCAAAAAAAAUGUGCGCCUUCUUAUUAACAGAUUCUUUGACGAAAUUAACAUUUCCUUCACGAAAAUUUGAUGGCCUAAUGAAAUAAUUUUCAUGCACUUUUUCGUUAAGGAAACAUUCACGCCAAAAAAAUUUGUAACUAAAAGAAACUGAAUCGCCUUUUGAUACUGAUCUGUAUGUUGUACAAUCUGUCAACGUUGUCCUAUUGGAUUACAAGUAAGAUAUCGCAAGAUCUACUAUUCUUGCUCUCAUGUAUGUUGAACGCUGAAUGUCAAAAUCCGAGAAAUAGGCAGAGAAGAAACUUCGGACGUCGUAAACGAUUGUAAAGUUAUUAGUAUCGCGACUAAUAGUCCAAUUUUAUCGAUCCGAGGUACAAGGCUCUUUGAGAAAUAUAUAUAUAUAUUUUCACAAUCAAUUUCAUUUUUAAAUUUAAGUUAAAUUUCAAGUUAACUAUACUGACUUGGUGCAUAUUGUAUAUUUAAGAAACAAAAUUAUGUAAAUUUUUCAUUUGUGUUACCUUCAAAUAUUGGUACAGUUAUUGAUAAUAUUGUUUCACGGUUCUGUCGUACUGUAAAGAUAUACAUAUGUAGAAUUCUCAUACAUUUUAUCCGAGAUGAUUUGUGAUAAUUCCGAUUUUACUUGCGUUAUAAAAAACUGUAGUCUUACGAAUAUAACGGAUCGACGCAAAUAAUAAUUCAAGCAGAUGACAACUUGAUGACAUUAUUUUCGCAUAUCUGCUGGAUAUCAGAUUAUUAUUUAAGACGUUCCACAAUAACUUAUCUUGGAUGAAUGAAAAUAAAAAUUGUAUAUACUUUUCUUUAGAAAUAUAGAUUUUUUUUACGUUCUAAUUUUUUAUGAUGCGUGUGUAUAUGUGUAUAUACAUAUAUAUAUAUACACAUAUAUAUGCUGUAAAAUAAUAUAUUAACCGUCCAUGAAAGCUAAUAGAAUUUCAUGAACAAAACAGCAUUUGAUGCUACGAUACUACGAAUGUAAUUAUCAAUAUCCUGUAAAUGUAAAUGACAACUUUUCUAGCUGUGAACUUACUGAUUGAGUUCUUAGUACAUCUACAAAUAUAUACGACAUAUAACGCUCUGUGAAAAAGAAUAUAAAUUAUUAUUUUCUAAUGUAUAUGCGUCAACAGAGAGAAUUUUGUUACGUCGGCAGAUGUACUGUGUGUCAAAAAGUUGUACGAAAGUUUCAAAGAGGAAACGUAGGAAGAAAUAGGCUCUUCACUGAUGUCACAUCCGCCUUAAACGUCCUACUGUGUAAUAUAACAUCGAGUACAUUUUAGAAAUAAAAAAAAAAGACAUUGA